AUGUUCCUUCCAGAAAACCAAAAAAAGCUAACUAACGUAAGCAUUGUAGCUCUAAAGAAAUUUGAUAGAAAAUACGAAAUAGCAGUGUAUCCAAAUAAGCUUUACGAGUAUCGUCAUAAUUGUAAAAUUCCCCUCAGUGCAAUUCUCCACUCUGAGAAUAUCUACCGGAAUGUCUCGACUGGCGAGGUGUGUUCCGAGUCUGAUCUAGCACUAUUUUACAGUAGUGAAAGCAGUGAUGUUGAUCGUGGCAAUUCUGAUAAGGGGUUUUCCGAUAACCGUAUAAGAAAUAAACAUGAUAUUAUCCACUUUAUUCUUCAAAAUGGCCAUGAACAAAAGCACUCCACGACCUAUCAACACGAACUGUCAAAUAUUGAAAGACAGAUUGUUGACUUGAUUCAAUCAAAAGUGCUGUACAAUAAUUCUUAUGUUUCCAAGGAGCAUCUUCUUACUUUUAUUAGAAAAGUGUGGAAUAUCAAGAAUUCCGAUCCUAAAAAGCAGGUUAGUGGGAUAAUAAAGAAAUUAGAGGAAAUAGGAUUUGAAAGAGUUACUUUCAAAGUGCAAAUCAUUGACGAUGCACAGAAUAGAGGGACAAAUCUUGAUUUUCAUGGUUUUGAAAAUGUUAAAAAAGUACCUGACGGGUUUAUUGUUAAGAGUGAUAGUCUACCUGAGUUUAUUGAACACUGUGAGUCAAUGGGAUUGAAAUGUAUUAUUACACGUAAUGAAGAAGUCGAGGAAGAGGAAAUAUGCUAA